AUGCUGAAAAUAUUACUAAUCCCGAACAUCUCCCGUGACGACUUCGAGGGUGAGUAUGAAGAGGUUAAGGGUGAGCAUGAAGAGGUUAAGGGUGAGGUAUGGAGAUUAAGGAGAGGGAUUUGGGCAGCAGAUGCAGGUUUGUUUGUGCAAGGUUGGAGAAGGAAAAGCAAGGGACAGCAGGCUGUUUUGACAGUUUAUCUAGAGUUUGGACAACAAUGCUUUUUUGGACAGCAAGAGUUUGUAUUGGAGUAUAAAAUUAGGUUUUUAGAAGUGAGGUUUGAGUAUGGUGUGGUUGUAGUGAAGUUGCAUGGUGAGUAUGAAGAGGUUAAGGGUGAGUAUGAAGAGGUUAAGGGUGAGGUAUGGAGAUUAAGGAGAGGUUUGCAGUGA